AUGAUCAGAAACGCCUGCAUGUGCGCAGCUUUUGGCCUCGCUGCCAUUGUCGGCUUCGUCGACGCCAAGCCGGCCUGCAACGUCAGCAACCCUUCCGCCGACCCUCAGCUGGCCCAUUGGCCGCCCAGCGCUGCCGGGGCACUCGAUGCCAUGAUCGCGCGCAAUGCCCACAAGGGUCGCUACGCCGUCUUUGACAUGGACAACACCAGUUACCGCGGCGAUCUCGAGGAGUCCCUGCUAGCCUUCCUCGAAGCCAAGGGCGUCCUGUCGCGCGAGGCGCUUGAUCCUUCGCUGAGAAUCAUUCCCUUCAACGACACCGCGUCCCACAAUGAGAGCCUCUACAGCUACUACCAGCGCCUGUGUGCAAUCGACGACACCGUCUGCUACGCUUUUGCCGCCCAGGUGUUUAGUGACGUGCCGUUGCGCCAGCUCAAAGUCUACGUGGACGAGCUCAUGGCCCUCGACAACGCCAUUGACGUGCAGUACUAUGAGCAUGGUGUCCUGACCAACUCUACCGUGAGCCCGCCCACCGUCUUCUGCGGCCAGGUCGAGCUGUACCAAAAGCUCAUGCACAACGGCAUCGACGUCUACGUCGUCAGUGCUGCUUCCGAAGAACUCGUGCGCAUGGUGGCCUCGGACCCCAAGUACGGAUACAACGUGAAGCCCCAGAACGUCAUUGGCGUCACUCUCCUCAUGAAGGAUCCCAAGAGCGGAAGCGUCACCUCUGCGCGGAAGCAGAUCAAGGAGGGCCACUACAACGAGCGGGACAACAUGGACCUGGUCAUGACCCCUUUCCUCUGGGCUCCGGCCACCUGGAAAGAGGGCAAGUGGGCGGCCAUCUUGGCCUACAUUGACCCCUGGAAGCGUCCCAUCCUGGUUGGCGGCGAUACUCCCGAUAGUGACGGCCCCAUGCUGUUCCAGGGAGUCGACGUGGGCCGUGGUGGCAUUCACCUAUGGGUGAACCGCAAGGACGAGUACAUGGAGCAGCUCAACGACAUGAGGACGCGCUUUGCGGCCGACCAGAAACGCGAGGGUCUGCCUGUCUGGGCCCAAGAGAACUGGGUCAUUGUCAAGCCCGACGACCUGAUGUGCAGGGCCUAG